UGUAGCUCCUCCACUAACAGCUAAAAGCAAUAACGCAUACUAUCAUACUAAAUAGUGUGCUACGAUUAGUACGGUAGUAUGCAGUAGAGGGCGUUCGCGAGAAUGUUGACGAAGGCUGUGCCGCCUCUGAUUGACAUAAAUAUAACCCAAUCAUAGGCCUAGUUUUCAAGUCUCUGGCCAAUGGGUGCUUUCGGGGGCGGGAUUUUUAAAUUCCCGGUUGUUGUGCCGCUGUUUUCAAUUGUUUUAACUGACACCAUAGAUGGAGGUUUGCUAGCUUUAAAAUGGCUUAACUAGAGUGUUGAUUUUUUUUUAAUCGUUUCUUAUUUUUUUUUUAAUCGUUUCCGGAUUAUAAGUUAAAACGGUUAAAUGUAGAUUCUUAAAUCACCCCGGUCAACUCUCGGAAACACAACAUCUCCAUCCACAACGGGUAUGUAGCCUGUUAGCUUAGCUGGCUAACAAGGUAUAAUAGCUAGCUUGGUAGAUACACAGCACUUUACUAACAUAAGUUACAUUAGAUGCGUGUUUGUAGUCAGAAUAAUAAAAAUAAUAAUAAAGAAACAAUGCGUUAUUCAUGUUAACGAUUAAAAAGACAGCGGUCUUGCUGAUAUUUUUGAGUGGCUAGCUUGAAUAAAAGUACACAGCAAGUUGAGAAAACUGGACAUGAACUUGGCUGGAAAUGAAGGUGUUCUCUAAUAAACACUUGACUAGCCAACCAGGUUACUGAAAGUACCCUAAAUUCAUCAUGGAAGUCGGCACAGUCGUCCAAGAAGAACUGAACGUCCGCGGAGUUGAAUUUGCCAUUAAAGUGGAACUGCGAGAUCGCUUACUAACGGUAGAGAUUUCAGAUGUCAUGACGGCAGACCAGUGGAGUGGGGAAUUCGAUCCAGCCUACAUCGAAGACCUCACGCGCAAAACUGGAAACUUUAAACAGUUCCCUAUAUUCUGUAGCAUGCUCGAGUCUGCAGUCAGUAAGUCUAGUGAGUCGGUAACGCUUGAUCUGCUGACCUACUCGGACCUGGAGCUUUUGCGGAACAGGAAGGCGGGUGUGGUGGGGAGGCCUCGUGCCCAGCAGCAGUCCCCCGCUCUCAGCGCUAAACGCUACCUCAUCCUCAUCUACACUGUGGAAUUUGAUAGGAUCCACUACCCUUUGCCACUGCCGUAUGUUGGUAAGCCUGAUCCUGCAACCCUCCAGAGAGAGAUCAGGGCUCUAAGGGCUGAACUAAAUGCCACGAGGAUGAGAGGAGACCGUGCGGUAUCGGACCAAGAGACCCGCCGACUGCGUGCCGAGUUGGUUGUGGUCAGAGAGGAGAAGGACGCGCUGGCCGAAGCUCUGGAGCGACUGCGGGCGGCUGGGACUGGCUCCACUUCAGGGACUCGGGGGCUCAGGGAAGCGGUGCACCGUCUAGAGGAGCAGCUUUUAAGAGAGAGAGCAAAAAGCCAACGCUCCGCAAGCAAGCGGGGUCAAGAACAGCGCCAUCUAAUGGAGCAGUUGGAGGAACUGAGGGCCUCAGAGCGAGCUCUACGAAUACGUGUGAAGAGUCUGACCACAGAGUUAGCCGUGUUGCGUCGGGGGCGGAUUACACCGGCUCUGUCCGGCCUGAGUGGGUCCAGGGGUGAGGCGGAUUUUCCACGGUCGGCCUCGAGGGAGCGCGGUGCACCCAGAGCAGGGUUGAGGGCUCGCUCAGGGUCCAGAGAGAGAGCAGAGGAUCGCAGCAGGAGGUCAGAAGAGAGGGGGAGAAGGUCGGGUUCUUCAGGCGCACGCAACCACUUCUCAAGGCCUUCACCUUCUCCAACAGGAUCUCGAGGGCCACGAUUUGACCCAACAGCUUACGUUCAAGAGCGACAACGACGCCAAAAAGAGACCGAAUUCAAGAACCAAAGGAAAGUCAGAAGGGACACGUUGGCAUCGCCGGCUCUGAACGAACGCGGUCGUUCACGGUCCAGAGAGCACGCUCCUCAGCUGAUCAGACGGGGGAGUGCCGGCCGGGGCAGGAGCACAUCUGUGGAGAGCAGGAGGAGUCGUCACUCUUCUGAAAGCUCACUGGCUGAGUUUGAGGAUCUUGCUAAGCCUUUGAAUAGCAGAGGAAGAAAACCGGCGUAUAAUGGUCCAGCUACGAUAAGAGGAAGACACGUGAACAAAAAGCCAAUGUGUAGCACUCCAACCAAAAGAGGGAGAGAGAGUUCUGUGGAUACCGGAGCAGACCUGUCUGAGAUCGACGCUCGCCUCCAGGCCCUGCAGGAGUACAUGAGAGACCUGGACACGGGACGCUAGUGAUUUGAUCCGUUAGGGUUUUAUUGCACAUUGGUUUUAUUUUAUUUAUCUGGUGGUGACAUUCAUCAGGAUGGACAAGCAUUUCUUUUAUCUCAAGAUGAUGUAUGCGAUUGUGGUUAAACAUCUUUAAACUCUGAAAACAAGAGAUUUUUAUUUUCCCCCAAAUUGACUGUUGCUUGACUUGAAGGACUCGUAGGGUCCGUGCGACUGGUUGUACACGGUGUGUGUGUGUGUGUGUGUGUGAGAGAAUUAGUAUAUUCGUAUGUACUCUAACUCUAUUUUAACCAAUUUGUACAUGUUUCAUGACGUUUUUCUACAAAAAAUUUUUUACUUUUGUCUUUCUUUGCCUAUACCUUUAACCCAUUUUCUCAACUUAUGUCCCCUUGUGGUGGCGACACGUGAUGGGAUUUUGGGUUGAUUAAUUGAGAUCGGCUCAUUUACAUAUAAAACCUUUCCACGUUUGCCUUUAAACAUUAGCACACGUAUGCAAAGGUGUCAGAAAAGUUUACAAGAUGUCCUCCCUUUAUGCCAGAUAUGAUUGAUUAGCCAAAGCAUGCUUGAUGUAUUGAGUUUGCUUUAGGACUACUGGUACUACAAGGCAAAUAUUGCUAACAAGUAAUGGAGUCUUAGAGCUUCCUGUUUAGCGUUCAAAUCACACUCACCUCAAACGACACUGCUAGGGUCAGUUAUACUAUUUGUACAUAAAAUUUCAUAAAAUCACACAAAAAGACCUCAAUGGAUAUAUAUUCAAUCCACCUUGAACUACGUCAUCACCCGAAUCGCUUCUAGAAUACAGUUUAGCCUUUACUAGGGCCAUGUCUCCUACCAGAGUCUGACGCUGUUAUGUAGAGUGCUGAGAGAGAGAGAGAGAGAGAUUCUGUUAGAAGAUUGACUGUUUUCAUCUCUGUGCCUUUUUUUGUCCAUGUUUAUAGACCUCCGUGUGUCAUCCAGUGUCAGAAAGCACUGAACCACACUGACCAACUCCAACAAUGCAUGAUGGAUUAGACAAGCGGUAGUUUCAAUACACGAUGCUGAACUGGUAGCUAUGCACUUCCAUUGUUUGUGAACAACAUUAACCUUGAAGCUCCAUUCCAAAACUAUAGUAGCAGAAGUUUUAGACGGGUGAACUUGAUUGAUUGUCGGUUUGAUGAAACCACGAAAUGGGUUUCAUUUUUGGCUGAACUGUUCCUUCAAAGGAGAAAUAUAGUAUGUAGUUUUUAUUAUUUUAUUCUGGGCUGCUAAUUACUCGAUUUCCAUAAUGAUGAAACACUAUAUGGUGACCUGUAUGCUCCACUUAAUACGGUCUAUAUUUCACUAACAAUUAUGUAAUAAGCCAUCGUUUAUUUAUUAAUUCAAAAUGUUUCGAAUUUCAUAUUUCACAAUUCUGUUAUUUAGAGGCUCUCGGGUGUAAUGAAUAAAACUCCUAGAAUGAGCACAUUAGUUUCAACCUGUGAUUUAUAGCUGCACAACUGUCAGAACUGCUGUUCUAGAAAAUUCAUCAACACGUCCUGACCAAUCAGAAGCCAGAAUGGAAGAGCACUCUGUAAAGAGUGACGAUGCAGGAUUGGUAAGUUUAAAGUGCUGAAACUGGAUGAAGGAUUCGGUUAAAGCGUUGCGGUUUGCUGUAGCCAGUCACAGCUGGCCCACAUCUGUUAAUGAGAAGUGCUGUGUGAACGCGGCUCAUCCAUCUGGCGCAACAUCUGCCGUGCCCUUCACCCUCCAACGUACGCGACAUCAUUCUGGAUAAAUCUACGGGUUUAAAUAACAUGCUCGAAAAAAAGGACAGGCUGGAGUGUGAAAAGAUUUUGAUAUUGGAAGCAGGGAUGUUUAGCGAAUGCAGUUACAUCUUCCUAGCGUUACCAUCUAAAAUACAAUAGGAUUUUAAAGGGUUGAGGUAUCAUAAGAAAACGCAUACUGUGUGUGCUUAUAUCCGUCCAUCCUUCCAUUUUCUGUACCAUUUAUCCUACACAGGUUUGCGGGGAGUCUAUCACAGGGGAUUUGGGGCACAAGGAGGCACAACCCUGAACGGGGUGCCAACCCAUUGCAGGGCAUUCGCACACACAUUCACACACUACAGACAAUUUAGAGAUGCCAAUCAGCCUACAACGCAUGUCUUUGGACUGGGGGAGAAACCCGGAGUACCGGGAGGAAACCCCCGAAGCACAGGCUUAGUGGUUAGCAUGUUUGCCUCGCACCGCCGUGGCUGGGGGUUUGAUUCCUGCCUCCGCCCCAUGCCCUGCGAUGGGUGGAGUCCAGUGUUUCCUCCACUUUAUGUUUCCUGGGAUAAGCUCCAGGCUCCCCGCAACCCUGUGUAGGAUAAGUGAAUGGAUGGGACAUGCUCCAACUCUACCUCCCUCCUCCAAAAUACAUUUGCAUAUUACAAUAUUACUGGCUCUCAUAUUUAGUGAUGCAAUAGUACUGGCCGGUCAGUUUAACAGUUUUGCCAGUGAGAUUUUCAGCACCACCUGUUUCUUAAAAUACUUAAUUUCCCUGAAGGAAUUUAAGAAAUGAUUUAAUAAUAAAAUAAAUUAUUCAUGUUUAGAGAGACUUGAUUAUAAAUCAGUACUAACUUCGUUAUGGCAAUCGUUGGUGUUGCCAACUCGUUGCUCGGUUUGAUCCUGAACUUGGGUUACUGUCUGUGUGGAGUUUCUGUAAGUGUUCUCCCUGUGUCUGUGUGAGUUUCCACUGGGUGCUCCGGUCUCAUCACCAGGGGUGUAACCCAUGAAGAUUUUUUCUUUAGCACCAAAUAAUUUUCCAUUUGUCAUUAUGUAUUUAAAUGUCAGUAAAAUAAGAUGGCAGUGUUGUCAUUUUGUAUCUUUAAUUGAAAAAGAAACCGUUUUGGUAUAUCUGCAGUGUCAUUACAUAGUUAUCCUCUGCUUAUCUAUCGUUCUAUAUGUUUACCUAUCAAAUCAUCUAUCUGUCUAAUCUAUCUACCGUCCACAAGCAUUUAUGAUCAAAUGACUGUUUCAUUAAAACAAAUUAAGUCCCCAAACCCGCCCCCCUG